UGUUUUUAUUAAUUCUGGUUUGUAUCAAAACUUCGCAGUGUGCUGUUUCUAAUUAAAUUAUAUUUUUUAAUCAUUGGCACGAGUGGAAACCAUUUACUCUUGACUCACUUUUUUGACCGGCUCAAUGACUGGUCCGGUUUUCAGUAUUUGGGGACUCCUCGACGAGUGACAAUGAGAAUUGUUGGACUUACCGGUGGAAUAUCUUCAGGGAAGAGCACUGUGUCUAAUCUAUUCAAAUCUAAUGGCAUUCCGGUUGUAGAUGCCGACGUCGUUGCCCGUGCUGCAUUAAAUAAAGGCACUGGUGGGUGGAAAAAAGUUGUUGCAGCUUUCGGACAGGAAAUUUUACUUGAGAAUGGAGAAGUUAAUAGGCCAAGACUUGGACAAAUUGUUUUUUCUGAUCCAGAUAAGCGCCAACUUCUUAACAGAUUGCUGGCUCCUUAUAUAUCCUCUGGAAUCUUUUGGGAAAUAGUGAAGCUUUGGAUGAAGGGUCAUGAGAUUAUUGUUCUUGAUGUCCCUCUGUUAUUUGAGGCCAAGAUGGACAAGUUGACAAAGCCCACUAUUGUUGUUUGGGUUGAUCCAGAAACGCAGAUUCAACGACUCAUGGCGAGAGACGGGACAAGUGAGGAGGAUGCAAGGAACAGGAUGAGCUCUCAAAUGUCACUGGACGUAAAAAGGACUAAAGCAGACAUAGUAAUAGAUAACACUGGUUCAUUGGAUGACUUGAAUGAAAAGUUUCAGAAGGUCCUAUUUGAGGUCUCAAAACCCUUGACAUGGACUGAGUUCUGGCUUUCUAGGCAGGGAGCAUUGACGGCUCUUGCUUUGGUCACCUCAGGUGUUCUUUUGUGCAGAAAGGCAUUUAACAUUGAUGAUUUGUAGCCGCUUGAUUUACUUUGGGGUGUAUUUCAUAUGACUACAUAAAUGUUGUUUCAUAUCAAUCUUCUGAAUUCUCCGACAAAUACUGAAAUAUCAAGUUACUAUGUGAAAUUGAUUAAAAUUGAUAGUAAUUGUGAAAUGCUUAAUCAAAUUA